AUGGAUUCCGAUGAAAACCCAAUUCUACCGAUCAGAUCAACGAGUUCAACGCUCUAUCAAAAUUUGAAGUCGUUCUUCAGCUUGAACUCGAGUGAUGCGUCUCUAAAUGAAAUUGGAUGGAAGAAAGCGUCUACAGUAAUCCUUGCAGUUCUAUUCAUUUGUGGAGUCAUGGCGUUGGCAUUUUCAGCGAUUAUCUGGGUGGUUUAUGAUGAAUUGGAUGGUGGAAAUAGAAACCAAACCACCACUACCACUACCCCAUCGCCUACUCCAUACCUCAAACGGAUCGUUGGUGUAUACACAAACAAUGAAUCCAAAGACAGCACAAAUGUACAACUUGAAAAAUUAACACAUGCUCUAUUUGCCUUCAUUCGGAUGGAUGAAAAUGGAACCCUUUAUUUUAAAAAUGAAAAAUCGAAACAUCGAUUUUUGAGUCUACGAAACAAGGCGAUGAAUGAAACGGCUGAUGUUAAAUUGAUGGUUUCAAUUGGUGGACCGAAUAAUGCCCAGUUUUUUUCGGGAGUUUUAAAGGACGAGAGUAGACAGAGAAAGUUCAUAUCGUCCACCAUUUCCUUCUUAAAACAAUACAAAGUUCAUGGAGUUGACAUAUUCUGGAAAUGGCCAUCUGAAUCCGAAAAAUACGUCUUCUCAGCGUUCAUCAAGAAUCUUCGAGACAACCUUAACCCGUACCUUUUAUCAAUUACAGUACCACCCGCUGGAAUCGAGCACCAAACUUUUGGGUUCGAUAUUGAUGAUUUAGUUCAACACGUGGAUUUCCUGAAUGUGUAUUCGAUGGAUUAUUAUGGUCCAUGGAUGAAUGAAUGGGGGACGCCGACAGGUCCAAUUGCACCAUUAUAUUCUGGAGUUAAGGGAAGAGAAGAGUUCAAUUUGGAUUAUACAAUGCAGUAUUAUUCGUCACAAACAAGACAAUUGGACAAUUUCAAUAUUAUAAUUCCAACAUUUGUGAGGCUAUGGGAGCAAGUGAAAGAUGCUGUGGAGCCGGGAAGAGACGUUUAUAGAAAUGUGAUUUUAAAGGAUAAUAUGACGGAAGGAGAUGCUUAUAUGUCCAGAAGACUUGCGGAAAUGGAAGGAUGGAAAUUGACACCUUUAACGUGGGAUGAGCAAUCGAAAAGCUCUUUUAUCUAUUAUCCUGAUGAAGGGACGUAUUUGACAUUUGAAACAGAGAGAAGUUUGAAAGCGAAAAUGGAUUAUUUGAAGGAGAAACAUUUUGGUGGAGUAUGGAUUUGGACGGUGGAUAUGGACGAUGAGAAUAAUACAGUAUUGAAUUUCAUAAGAGAUUUCGGAUAUUCUACUGAUGAGAUUUGA